AUGGGCGUGCCUUCGUUUUAUAGAUGGUUAACAACCAAGUACAAGUCUAUUGUAGUCAAUGCAAAGGAAGAAAUAGGAGAAUGUAUAGAUUCAAGCCUUCCCAAUCCAAAUGGAAUAGAGUUUGAUCAUUUCUAUUUGGACAUGAAUGGGAUUAUCCAUGCAUGUUUCCAUCCGGAAGAUUAUGAUCAUAUGUGCACUAUAAAGACUUUCGAUGAAGUUUUCAGCAAUGUAUUCGGUUAUAUUGAUAGGCUCUUCAACAUUGUGAGGCCCCGGAGGCUGUUGUAUCUUGCUAUAGAUGGUGUGGCUCCAAGAGCCAAGAUGAAUCAGCAAAGAGCCCGAAGGUUUCGAAAGGCAAAAGAAGCAGAACAAAUGGAAAAAGAGGAAGAAAGGCUAGGAAUACAGUUUCAAUUAGAAGGUAAACAAGUUCUUCCAAAACAGGAAACUGAAGUAUCUGAUUCCAACAUCAUUACUCCUGGGACCGAGUUUAUGUUUAGACUAUCUAAAGAGCUUCAGAGCUACAUUCGGCUUCGGAUGAAACAACAUCCGGGUUGGAAAAAUGUCAAGGUCCUUCUGUCAGACUCAAGUGUUCCAGGUGAAGGGGAACACAAGAUUUUUUCGUUUAUUAGGCUUCAACGUACAUUCCCUGAAUACGAUCCACAUACACGCCACUGUGUUUAUGGUCUGGAUGCAGACUUGAUAUUACUGGCACUAGCAACACACGAAAUUCAUUUUUCAAUUUUGAGAGAUGAUAUUGGUGCACAACGUCCGGUUUUCAGCUGUCAUUCCACACAAGCAUUUGCCAUUACUGAUCCCAGAUAUAUGGUGAAGUCAAGGGGAUGGUUUAAAAAGUGGGUGGAGACAUGGUCCUCAGAAAAAUCAAGUUCAGAGGCAUCAAUUAGAACAUCCAUACCACCCAAAGGACCUUACCAGUUUCUUCAUGCUUGGAUUCUGCGGGAAUAUCUUGAAAUUGAUAUGGAUAUCAGUGAUUGCCCUGAGAACUUUGAACCUGAUUUUGAGAGACUUGUUGAUGACUUUAUCUUCAUAUGUUUUCUUAGUGGGAAUGAUUUUCUUCCUCACAUGCCUUCACUAUACAUCAACGAGGGUGGGAUGGAUCUCUUGAUUCAUGUCUACAGGACAGAGUUCACAAAUUUUGGAGGUCACUUGCUUGACAUGCAACGUGUGGAGGAUAAGAAAUCUGGAUAUAUAAAGCUUAAUGGAGUUGAGAAAUUUAUUCUCUUGGUUGGAAAGUAUGAAGAGCAAAUAUUUAAAAAGAGGGCAGACCUCAGGGAGAGAAAACUCAGAAAGAAUUUCAAUGAAUUUGAGGAUUCAAGAUGUGCUGAAGACCAAGUUUCGGGCACAGAUGAAAUUGAUGUAUUGACUUUAAAAAUUUCAGGAAUUUGUCCCGAAGAAAAAAAUAGAUCUUCAAAUGGGCCAGAAGUGAUUUUUCAAAAUACAAAAGAAAUGAGAGAAAAACUAAAAGCAUAUAUUCGGAAAGCAGCUGACAGCUUUCAAAAUGGCGAUCCUGGAACAGACAAAGUAAAAUUAAAUUUACCAGGCUAUAAAGAAAGAUACUACAAGGAAAAAUUUGGGGCGACCAAUUCUUCAGAUAUUGAGAGCACAAGGAGAGCAGUUGUUGCAAAGUAUACCGAAGGCCUGUGCUGGGUGACACUUUGUUACUUUUCUGGAGUUCCAUCUUGGUCGUGGUAUUAUCCAUAUUACUAUGGUCCAUUUGCUUCAGAUAUGAAAGGGCUAUCACAAGUGAAACCAAAAUUCCAAACAGGAUCACCAUUUAAACCUUUUGAGCAACUUAUGGGUGUUUUACCUCCCAGGAGUGCGCAUGCGCUGCCUGUGCCUUAUCGGAGAUUAAUGACUGAUGAGAAUUCCAGUAUUGUUGAUUUUUACCCAACAGAUUUUCCUAUCGAUGUUGAUGGAAUGCGGUUCACGUGGCAGGGUGUGUGCAAACUGCCUUUUAUAGAAGAAGAUCGUCUUUUAGCAGAGACACAAAAGUUAGAAACCGAGCUCAAGGUGGAUGAAGCCAUUAGGAACUCUGAGGGUCUAGAUCUGUUGUUUCUUGGAAGUUCUGAAAUUAUCCGUAAGAAUUUAAGUAAUGAUUCCAACAAGCAUGAUAAUGAUGUUAAAAUCGAUGCUGAUUUGAGUGAAGGGCUUAAUGGAUUUGUGCUUCUUAGGAGGGACGGAAAUAAGGCUGUCGGGGCAGCCCAUUAUGACAAUGAUAUUCUAUGUGUAUCUUACAAGUGGCCUCCUAAGAGGAAGCAUAACACACGUCUACUAGAAGGCGUUAUUAUUCCUAACAAGACAAUCUAUAAAGAUUACAUUUACGAGACACAGCUGUGGCAUGAAUACCAGGGGUUUCGGCCUAAUACCAGAAUCCAGAAUUCCCAUAGGCAGUGGAAGACUGAUGAGAAAUUAACAGAUUUGGCAAGCUGUGGCACGGCUCAUAAUUUUAACUCGCCUUUGCAUCAGAAUUACAAUGUAAACCGGAGAACCUCUAGUUGGGACAGAGGAACGACACGAGUUACAGAGGCCAUUAAGACUAAUGAACAGCAAUUGUACAAUGCGCAAAGGGACAACAUGAGUUUCAGCAAAAGGCACGGUCCAGGGAAUGUGCGGCGAGCCAAGAGUUCGGCUAGAAUUGAAGCACAAGAUGCAUGGAUAUCAACGUCUGGUGGAGCAAAUAAGAAUGUGUGGCAAGAUUUGGACUCUGAUACAGAGGAAAGCGAUUUGGGGCACGUAGAGCAGUUAGCGGUAAACUUUACCGAGCAGCUAGAGCGAAGAAAGAGCAUGAGAAAAUGUUCCGGCUUUAAACGGGCUGACUUUUGA